ACGUACAGGUGCACCGAUCCCGAUUGUAGCGAUCAGAAAGUCUCGCGAUGUGACAAAUACUUAACGCCUGCCCGAUAACUCGACCCCGAUGUCACUCAGCAGGCGCAGCUCGGGCUUUUUCGUGCGUUUUCGAGAACGAGGCUCUCUGUCUCUUUAAGAAAUGUAAGGUGGGUGAGCCGCUACUCUGACGCACUGCUGGUAUGCAAACUUAUAAAUGCAGCAACAUGGUGUCCUCGGCGCGAAAAAAGUGGAAAGUAAGCUUUAAAAUGUCACAGCACCAUCCACCCUUUUAGUGACCAACGAGCUCAGCAAGAAGAGCUGCCUUAAGAUUGAGAAGAAUUACUUAGAAGUCGUCAAAAGCCGCCAAGUUAAAGCCGUGUGGGAUAAAUAAUUACGAAAACGGAGCGGCGAGUGAUAUGAAGUGUCACUGAGAGGGAAAAACUAAACCUGGAACACCGUAACAAGAGGACAACCUGGAGAAAUUACACUUGAGUAAUCCUAGAAGUGCGGGCGAGAUGGCUGCGCUGGUUUACAGAAGGACCUUUGUCGUAGUGAUGACCCUAACGUGCGCUUUGUGUCAGGUUUGCGCACAUGGAGAUGAAGGAGCCAUCUUUUUACGGGAGUACCCGCUUGUCCGAAUGGAAGACCACCCUGAAGAAUCCAUUUUUGAAACCUCUGCAAAUCCUAAGUCCGAUGAUCCCAGUUCACGGACGGCGCGCUCCGAAGAGGACCGGGACAGCCUGUGGGACGCCUGGGGGCCGUGGAGUGACUGUUCACGUACAUGUGGGGGCGGAGCCUCGUAUUCACUGCGUCGAUGCCUGAACAGCAGAACCUGUGAAGGACGGAAUAUCAGAUACCGGACCUGCAGCAAUGUGGACUGUCCUCCGGAUUCCGGUGAUUUCCGUGCCCAGCAGUGCUCCGCUCACGUUGAUGUCCGGUACCAGGGGCAGUACCACGAGUGGCUUCCUCUUUACAACGACCCAGAGAACCCCUGCGCCCUCAAGUGCAAGGCCAAAGGAACCUCCCUGGUGGUAGAGCUGGCACCUAAGGUGUUGGAUGGCACCCGAUGCUACACGGAGUCCCUCGACAUGUGCAUCAGUGGCAGCUGUCAGAUAGUUGGUUGUGACCAUGAACUGGGAAGCACUGCAAAAGAGGACAACUGUGGGGUGUGCAAUGGAGACGGCUCAACGUGCCGUUUGGUGCGAGGCCACUUCAAAUCACAGCAUUCAGCAAUCAAAAGGGAGGACACGGUCAUCGCCAUUCCUUUUGGAAGUCGUCACGUCAGGGUGGUACUGAAAGGACCCGAUCAUUUGUACCUUGAAAGUAAAACCCUACAAGGCCACAAAGGAGAAAACAGCCUCAGCACAUCAGGCUCGUACCCCAUUGAGAACACCACGGUGGACUUCCAGAAAUUUGCCGACAAAGAGAUUUUGAGGAUGAGUGGACCCCUGGGGGCCGACUUCACCGUCAAAAUCCAUUAUGUCAGCACUUUAGACAGCACCGUGCAGUUCAUCUUCUACCAGCCCAUCAUCCACCGCUGGAGAGAGACGGAUUUCUUUCCAUGUUCUGCCACUUGUGGAGGAGGCUAUCAGCUGACAUCUGCUGAGUGCUUCGACCUGCGCAGCAGCCGCGUGGUGCCCGACCAGUACUGCCAUUAUUAUCCGGAAAACGUCAAAUCCAAGCCAAAGCUGCAAGAAUGCAACAUGGACCCCUGUCCAGCCAGUGAUGGCUUCAAGCAGAUCAUGCCGUAUGACCUUUAUCAUCCCCUGCCACGGUGGGACCACACGCCUUGGACUGCUUGUUCCACCUCCUGCGGUGGGGGCAUCCAGAGCCGCACGGCGUCCUGUGUCGAGGAAGACAUGCAGGGCAACGUUGUGUCGGUUGAGGAGUGGAAGUGCACGUACGCCCCCAAGAUGGCCCAGGUGCAACCCUGCAACGUUUUUGACUGUCCCAAAUGGUUGGCUCAGGAGUGGUCCUCGUGCACGGUGACCUGUGGACAGGGGCUCCGCUACCGAGUUGUGCUCUGCAUUGACCACAGGGGGAUCCACGCUGGUGGCUGCAACCCGAAAGCCAAGCCACACAUCAAGGAGGACUGUGUGGCGCCCAUCCCUUGUUACAAACCCAAAGAGAAACUCCCGGUGGAAGCGAAGCUGCCUUGGUACAAGCAAGCCCAGGAACUGGACGAAGAAACUGCUGUCACAGAAGAUCCUUCGUUUGUCCCCGAUGUCUGGUCUCCGUGCAGCCGAACAUGUGGUGUUGGGACCCAGCAGCGGACCGUCAAGUGUCAAGUCUUGCUCUCCUUCUCUCAAACAGUUGCAGACUUGCCGGAGGAUGAAUGCGAAGGGCCCAAACCACAGGUUCUCCAGUCGUGUUACAGUGGUCCAUGUGGAGAGGAAUUGCAUGAGCCUCAUGCUGAGAAGGAUGAAGAAGAAGAAGAGGGUGAGGAAGAUGAGGAGUUGAGAGUCUCACAUCGCACUAACGAGGAGCUCCAUGACUGGGAGUACGAGGGCUUUACUGAAUGCUCGGAGUCCUGCGGAGGAGGCCUGCAAGAGGCGGUUGUGGUUUGCCUGAACCAACAGACGAGGGUGAUUGUGGAGGAAGGUCUGUGCACGAGCCAUCGCCGGCCCCCGUCUCUGCUGAAGACCUGCCAACCAGAGCCCUGCCCGCCCAGGUGGGAAGCUGGGAAGUGGAGUUCAUGUUCCGCCACCUGUGGAGUAGGCCUGCAGACCCGCGACGUGGUCUGUACACACCUCUUAUCCAGGGAGAACAAUGAGACGGUGGUCGUGAGUGAAGACAAGUGCAGACACUCUAAGCCUGCCAUGGUGCAGGCCUGCAAUCGCUUUGACUGCCCACCCUCAUGGUAUCCGCAAGACUGGCAGCAGUGUUCCAAGAGCUGUGGCCUGGGCCUUCAGUUCCGCCAAGUGCUGUGUAAGCAACGGAUGGCUGAUGGCAGUUUUCUUGAGUUGCCCGAGACCUUCUGCUCUUCUCCAAGUCCGAGAACCCAACAGACCUGUGGAAAAACAGAGUGCCCUGUGGAGUGGGCCGUACUGGAGCGCUCACAAUGCUCAGUGACCUGUGGAGAAGGCACCCAGAGUAUCUCGGUGUUCUGCAGGAAAAUGGACAGGAACGGAAAGUCUGUGACCCUCAAUCCUGGUCGCUGUUCCAGCCUUCCACAGCCACGCUUGGUCAGACCCUGCUCAUUAGCACCUUGCACAAAGCCUUCGAAGCCUGUCCCAAAAUUGACAGCCUACUUGUUCUCCCUGAGGAAGGUCUACAUCCAGCUGAGAAAGGAGAGAAGGCUACAGUUUGUUGUAGGAGGUUAUGCUUUCCUAAUUCCAACCACCUCAGUUGUCAUUAGAUGUCCCAAUCGGAGGCUUCGGAAAACUCUGAUUCGGUGGGAGAAGGAUGGAGAACUAUUGGCGGGAUCAUCACACCUUACAGUCAGUCCAUAUGGUUACCUAAGCAUUCAUCAUCUCAGGCUGUCAGAUGCUGGUAUCUACACAUGUAUAGCUGGCCAAGCUCAGGAAAACUUUAUAAUUAAGCUCAUUGGAUUCAAGCAAAAGCCUGUCCUUCACCCACCUGGCCCCAACUUGAAGGAUAAGCCAUGGAUAUCACCCAGGAACCUUCCGGUUUCUGUACACAAUGCCAAACUUUGGUUAACUCCUGGUCAUUUCAGUCAAUAUGAUGACAUUGUCCUGCAUCUCAUUGAGAAGAUGGGCUUAGAUGAAGAGCAUUUGGGAUCUCUGGAUGCGCUGGACUCAUCUGAGAGGAAUUCUUCACUUUUAGAAGACGACUUUGGCCUUGAGGUUGCAGCACCAAUGACCCUUACCAUUGACCAGAAACGGUUGGAUGAGAUCAUCAAGAAUGUAUUCUCUCAGCCUGAGGAACUCCAGACCUCUCAUGCAGAUAAACUCAUCACUCAGCUACUGUCAGAGAUCCACACUGACAACGUACUGAAGUAUCCAGACGGUGGAUUCAAUGCAUCCAACUCCUGGAAAUCGAUGGAUCAUAAAUCUCAUCCUUCGGAAGCAACUUUGGCAAAUCCAGAGUUCAGAGAUUCCGACAAAAGCUUUCGACCGCCAGUGUUUGGUACGACACCACAUCAUCAGAAGAGACCACAAGAGACCUCCUCCUCAGAAUUUGUAGGUCAUGUGGGACAAGAUGUGCUGCUGCACGGCAGGGUGAACAAGCUGGUCUUGAAGUGUGAAGCCACAGGAAAUCCAAAACCGUCCAUUAGAUGGUUUAAGAAUGGAGAACAUCUGCAUUUUGGAAACAGAGUGGGAUUGCUGCCAGACGGCUCCCUUCAAAUCCUCGCGCCGGGUGCGGCUGACAUGGGGUUUUAUCGAUGCACCGCAAGCAACAGCCUGGGUUUCGUUUCCCUUUCUUCUCACGUCACUCAAGGAGGAAAGCCAGUGAUCCGCGCUUCCACUUCUGAGCGGGUGUUCCUGAACACAAGUUCUGUGAUGGCAGAUGUGGGCAGCACAGUAAAAGUUCUCCUUGGUGCAAAUGUCACCCUCAGGUGCCAGGCAGAAGGGGUCCCUAAACCAAAAAUCUCCUGGAGUUUUCUCCAUGGCAAAUCCGAGGCAAUUCAUCAUCCAGUAAAGAACGACUCUGUACUCGUGAGCAAUGCCUCGCUGCGUGACGAGGGCCACUACGUGUGUAGGGCAGCAAAUCUGCAUGGACAAGUCACGGUGAUGACACAUCUGCUUCUGCUGGUUGCCCCUCAGGUCCUGAAAGAGUCGGCGAGGUGGACGACCAUCACUUCCUCAGCAGGGCCGGGGACCCACACUCUCCUCAGCACUGAGGCUGGCACCACUGAGAUGGUCAACAGGGGGAGCACCGUCCUCAUCGGUUGUUUCAUCCAAGGCCACCCCACACCACGCAUCUCCUGGUUCCAAAACGGUAAACCUCUGAGUCUGCUGUCAGAUCUUACAUAUCAACUUCUGGAAGGAAAUCAAAUUCUGCAGCUCUCCAAUGUAAGCAGCCGGACGAAUGGAGAAGUCAGCUGUCUGGCAGAGAACGAAGCGGGGACGCUGCUGCAAAGGGUGCUUCUACUAAUUCACGGCAAGUCCAUUUACAGUUUAUUUUUGGGGGUUUAUACCUCAUCAGAAGUAAACACCCCUCUUUAAUCUCUCUGGUCAAAUAUCCUUAGUUUGUAACACCACCUGCGUUUAUAGCGCCUUCGGAAGGUCUUGAGACGCUUUGGACUCUUUGUUCACACACUGCCAUCUA